CAACAUAUAAAAUUGGAAAGAUUGCAUCCGAUGCAACACCACUACCAGUUCCGAACAGUUCGAGCUUGGAUCCGAAUCCCGCCGGGCGGGAAAAUGAGCUCGAAGUCGACCCCAUGGCGCCGGCGCCGAGUACCUAUAUCCUUUUGCCUCAUCUUGAUUACAGUAUUCACCAUUCUCGGCUUAUUAAUUGUCGAUCUCAGGUCCAUUGAUCCAUCGGUGAAGCUCCCGAUCAAGAAUAAAACCCUAGAAAUACUGGAAAAUUUUGACAUUUCAGCCAAUACGACGGUGAAUAAUCUGGAAGAAGCUAACGUUGGAAAGAAAUGCGCAACGGUCGAAGAGAUGGGUGAGAUCUUCAGCAGAGGUUAUUUGGAGGAAAGUCUUAGAGUCAGGAGGAUUAUUCGCGAUCACUUCGCCAUUAAUGGUCCAUCAAGAAUACGUGAACUCCAUCCAGAACAAUUCUGCAAUCACGGUUACGUGAUUGCAAAAGCAUCAGAAGCUGGCUUGGGUAAUGAGUUAUACAAGAUCUUAACUGCUGCAGCACUGAGCGUAAUGUUGAACCGAUCACUGAUAGUUGGGCAAACCAGGGAAAAAUACCCUUUUGGUGAUUACAUCUCAUAUUCCAACAUUUUCUUUACAAUGAAAGAAGUAAAGCAUCUGUGGAGACAGAAUCGUUGUCUAACAAAAUAUGGGAAACAUCUAACAAUGAGGAUUGACGAUUUUCAGAAGCCAACACGGACACAUGUUCUAUGUAGUAAUUGGAAAGAAUGGGAGCAACCUAUCAUAUGGUUCCAAAAUGCUACAGAUGCUGUAGCUGCCCAGUUUUUCUUAAAGAACGUACACUCUGAAAUGAGGGAAGCUGCCUCUGAUCUAUUUGGAAGACCAGAAGAACUUCAUUACAGGGCUAAUGUGUUUGGGGAGCUCAUGAGGAUUCUAAUUUCUCCUUCAAGAGAUGUUGAAUGGGCGGUAAAUUGGGCUUUAAAUGGAGGGAGAGAUCCAGAUAUUGCACUGCACAUGCGCAUGAUGAUGAAUAGGUCUGUGAGAGCAAGGCAGGCGGCCUUGGAUUGUGUGAGAAAAUCUAUCUAUAAUCUUCAAAUGACAACAAAACCGAAAGUGGUGUUGGUUUCUGAUACCCCUUCUAUGGUCAAAGACAUUGCACCUGGUCUCGAGGAAUUUGCUGAGGUUCUUCACUUUGACUACGAACACUUUGAAGGAAAUAUAUCCGGCAACGCAAAUAAAUUAAAUAACUUAAAUUUCAGAGCUAAAGACUGGGGUCCAGCACCAAGAUGGGUAGCAUUUGUUGAUUUCUUCCUCGCAGCACGUGCUAAACAUGCCGUUAUCUCUGGAGCUCAUAGACGUGUGGGGACCACCUAUGCUCAGUUGAUUGCAGCACUUGCAGCAGCAUACAGAAUUGACGAGAAUGCAUCUAACCAGUCGACCAUUACAUUCCUCAGUAGCUUCCAAAGUAAUUUGCUUUCGGAGGGUUUGAAGAAUCAGAUUGGAUGGGGGCAUGUGUGGAACAGAUUUGCUGGUCCAUUAAGUUGUGAGAGGCAACCUAAUCAGUGUGCUCUAACACCUGUUGUACCUCCUGCUUGGUGGGAUGGACUUUGGCAGUCGCCCAUUCCACGAGACGCCCAAAGGAUGGAAGCAUACGGCAUUAAACUCUCGGGUUUUGGAACAUUUGAUGAAAGCCACUUAAAUCAUUUCUGUCGGUUCAGGAAAAUUCCGGUGGUAGUUAUCCAGUUGAUUUAGGUAUUGGAUUUAAUUUUUUCCGGCUGGAUCGAUAUGCUCACCGUUACUUAUAUAUUUAUUUUUUUAUCUUUUCGCUUGACUGUUUGUUGUACGUGUACGUUCAUUAAUUUAUUUAUUUACCUUUAAGAAUGUAUAACGAACACAGAUCUGUACAAGAUUGUUUUGUAUUGUAGGUAUAGCAGUAUAUGAAUGUCGUAAAUAAAGUCUUAUUACAUAUAUAUAUAUUUAUUG